AUGAGUAUUCAAACUCGGAACCCCCAAGCCCGACUGGGCACGGCUCUUGUCCUAGGCGGAUGCGGCUUCUUGGGAUGGCACUUGGUGGCACGGUUAUUGAGCUGCCGAGACUAUGACCAUGUCUACGUCUUCGAUCGCAACGUACGGGUGAACCUCCACCACGGCGCGACCUACAUCCAAGGCGACAUCAGCGAUGUGAAUGCCCUACGCACCCUGCUGGGUGAGGUGCAGCCUGAGGUCAUUUUUCAUGCGGCUUCGCCCGUCGCGUCGCUGCCAGCCAGCAGACAUGGCGAGUUCAUCAAGACCAAUGUCCAGGGAACCAAGGUCGCCAUCGACUUGGCUACGGAAAGCGCCUCAGUCAAGGCUCUCGUCUACACGUCUACAGUGGACGCGUAUGCCAAUCCACCUCAUGAGGAUGUCUCGGAAGACCACCCGCUUUGGUUGCCGUCAGACAAGUCUAACGAGUACAACCGUACAAAGGCCAUUGGCGACAACCUGGUUCGCGCUGCCAAUUGCGCUCAACUUCGCACCGCCUGUUUGCGUUUAGGACAUGCGUAUGGGGAGCGGCAGUCGCAGGGACUGGCCGAGAUACUGGACUCCUGUGAAGGAGCCAGGCCGCUUAUACAAGUUGGCAAUGGGACCAACAUGGUGGAGGUCAUGUCGGCCGAAAAUUGUGCUUCGGGCCAUAUCCUUGCGGCAAAGGCGUUGCUGAACGAACCUCAGCCAACGAGUGAGGAAGGCCGAGUGGCCGGCGAGGCAUUCAACAUCUCGGAUGGAGCUCCUGUCCCUUUCUGGCACCACGUAAAGGUGAUAUGGGGUGUUUCCAGAGGAACCGAAGCUCUAAAUACCGUCACCGUUCUUCCGGCCUGGGUCAUGAUGGUGGCUGUUGUCAUGGUCGAGUGGGCGCUUUGGCUGUUCACGUUUGACACGGUGAGACCCCCGACAGAGCUGCGAAGAACAGCACUGGAGUAUUGCAUCUACUCUCACACAUACACCAUUAAAAAGGCGAAGAAACGAUUAGGGUUUCGUCCAGUAGUGGACCACGACGCCGUGCUCGCGCGAGCGGCGAGGCUUAUGCUUGACCAGCGAGCCGACCUGGCAAAGGUCAAAUAA